AUGAAAUUUUCGAUUCUGGUGUGCUUUUUCGCAUUCUUCAUCAUUUCCGAUGCCGUCGCGCCGGUAUCCGACGCCCUGCGCGUCGAAUUCACGGACUUGGCCCAAAAAAGGUAAAUUUCACUAGUUUUGUUUUCUCGGAAAUUGUGCAAUUUCAGACUGAAAUAUCUUCUGGAGCACGGUCCGCUGACGGAGCCCUUUCUGACAAUGUCGAUUGUGGUGACCGACUGUCACUCCGCAGCCGGUUUGCCCAAAAUUUCCAUCAAAUCGAAGCAGGUUCCAAAAAUCUCAUCAUUUCGCUGAUUCUUCAUUUUUUCAGAUGAUUCUGGAAGAGGAGACGUGUGGUACGCGUCAGAUGCGUGGAUGGUGCGCCGAGAAGCCGGGACGGAGCGGAAUGCUGACCGCCCGGGACCAGAAAUCGAAUCGAACGGCGCUGGCGCAUUUUCAGUGUCUUUCCGUGGAUCCAAGUUCGCAGAUGGGCGGUCCAUUCUGGACGGAACGUCGUGUCCGACUGACCAUCAACUUUCUCAUCGUGUUUUCAUUCGUCGGAAUGACUUAUAGGUUAAUCGUGGAUUUUUUGCGAAAGUUUGGAAAAAUAUGUAUUUUCAGCUGGUACUACACGUGCACGCGGCCCCGCCCAAUCCAUCCGUCCAAGAUCCUGCCGGGGAACCGAUCGGCCGAAUCGGACUCGUUCGAAAACAUCACCUUCGACACGAACCGCUCGAAAUCGCGCAUCGCCCGCAGCAAUCGAUCGAGUUUCAGCGUGGCGCCCAAGAAAUUCCGGAUUAUUGCCUAA